ACACAGACAGAGCUGUCAGUGAUCACCUGGAGAACCAGACAGGUGCUGAAGGCAGACUAGUUCACACCCAGCUGUAGACAUUAGUUACUUUCGGUGUAUACAAUGAGAGGACGGUUCAGACGAAGAGACCAGAGGGAAAGAGGAGAAGAAACAACAGACCUCGGGGCUGCUGGGCUCUCACCUCUGCCGGGUGAAACCGCGCCAGGCUUCGCCGAGACACACACACCUGUUCCGGGUUCAACUCUCCAGGAUGAAGGCGGUAGUAAACAAGGUUCCAGAUGUUCUAUUUAUGAUGGUGAAAAGGUCUACCUGGGAGUCCGUGUUAAAAUGCCAGUAAGGGAUCUUCUAAGAAACAUCCGCCUCGCCCAAGGCGUUGAUCCUCAAGAUUUUCAGGAGAUGAACGGCAAAUCAGUCCUAGGAGAAAAGAAACGAGUCCAAACACGCGCAGGACGCCGAACCACCAAGAGGAAACGCCCCACAAAGAGCCUGGAGGAGUUGGCAAUUAUAGUGGAGGUUCUGGAAGAGGACCUCAGGACUGGAAACAACUACUGCUCCACUCCCACGACUCUGUCCUCACCCUUCUCUGCCGGGUCCCCCGAGUGGUCUCCAACCGGUGCUGGAUAUAACAGUGACGAGUCUGAUGAAAUGAUCCCGAGCCCCCAGUCCUACAUGAGCUACUCUCCCUGCUCAGUAGACUACCAGCAGGCCCUGUCUCCUCCAGCCUUCAUGCACACCGGCCUCCAGCCUACCAGCUACUGUCACAGUGGGAGAGACAGGGGACAGGGGGAGGACUGGUUUGAUUCCCUGAACCAGAAUCGGGACAGCUCCGCUUUCUUCUUCACCCAGCUGCAGAAAGAGGAGAGCGCGCUGAGACACAUCGCUGACUCUGUGCUGCUGUCCACCGACGACCAGGGCAGGACAGCUCUCCACAAAGUUGCAUGUGUUGGAAAGAGGGCGCUGGGAUACGCCAUCGCCAAAAGGAUGGCCACACUCAACAGCCUGGACCUCAAAGACUCUGAAGGAAUGACUGCCCUGCUCCACGCAGCCAAGCACAACCACCACCUGAUGGUGGCAGAUCUGAUCCGGUUGGGGGCCAACGUCAACGUGACCAACAACUCAGGGAAGUCGUGCCUCCACCUCAGCGCUGAGAAAGGCUACAUCAGAGUCCUGGAGGUUCUGAAACAAACAAUGAUGGACGGUGUGUUUGUCGACGUUGAAGCCACCGAUAACUCAAGGAUGAGUGUCCUGCAGUGUGCUUCAGUCGCUCUGAAAACCGCAGUGUGUGAGCUGGAAACCAGUUCAUCUCCCAACUACUCCACACUGCACACGCUGCACCAGGAGCAGAUGAUGGAGACCCUGGAGUGUCUGCUGCAGAUGGGCAGCUACCUUCAUACCAUGGGGAGUCAGACGAUGCAGCCCAGGUUUUUCUGACCCUGGUGGCACGUCCGCCCGGCAGGGCUUCCCGGACCCCGACAGUAAUGUUCUGAGUUGGUUUAGGCUUCAGUUUGUCCGAGACAGAGACCAUAGUUAACUGAGUAUCUGUUCUCUUGACGUUCCAAGCCGUUUAUGUAAUGCAUCUGAGGUUCUGUGUGUGGUGGAAAUGUCUGACUUGCAAUCAGACACUUUCUUUAAAGCCUGCACAGAAACAUCAGGUGCUCAUUAGGUGGUUUCUGUGAAACUUCCAUUGUUUGUUACAUUACAGUAACAAGUCGUCCUCAGUCAGUGUGUCUGUGGAGAUGUCAAUGUGAAACCCUAUGACAGUAGUUUAUGUAUGUAUUAGAAACUGUAGGGUCAUUUAUGGAAGUGUUAGGAGUCCAGUUUGGUUUUAUAAAUGUGGACCCAAAUACAGACAAAACACUUUUCCAUAAGCCCCUGUCAGAGUCAUAGGAUGUUGGAUCUCUUUAAAGACGUUGGUACCUGAGGACAUUCAAAUGUUUGUUCAGCAUUGUGUGGUGAUGGGGAGUAAAGACUACGUUUUGAUCCUAUUCUGUGCAUGUCUUAGUUCUGUUUAUAUGUCGCCUUUUCAUGUAUUGACAAGUUUUGGAUUCAUCUAAAAAAAAAAAAAGUCAACUUCACUCUGUGGAGUCUUGUGUAACGGGCUGUGUUUGACCUGUUUACAGACCUGUUUUAGAAACACACCCAGGACUACAGGGAGCAAGGUUACAAAAUGACUUUUUAGUUUUAUUAUUUUUUGGCUUUUCGUUUUCAGUUUCAUUUGAGUUUAAUCAAGUUUUUAAUGCUGGUUGGUUAGUUUUGUUUUUAGUUUGUGAAAAGGCUUCGUUUUUGUUUCGUUUUUGUUUCGUUUUAGUUUUUUAGUCUCUGUAUCAUGAAUCUUAAGCACCUUUUUUAAAAUACUCUGUUAAAUAUUGUUUAAGGGGGAAAAAGUUUUAACUUGUGCAAUACCUAGAUAAUGACAUGCCUGAGACUAAUCAUAAUGAUAGAUUAUAUGUGACUCAGCAUGAGUGGAUCAAAGAUAGAAGCUAAGGUCAUUUUCUCUACAAUUUUAAUUCAUUAUAGUUUGUUUUGUAAACACAUAACACGGUUUCAGUUAUUGUUUUUCAGUUAAGCCUGUUUGUCAUUUAAGUUUCUGUUAUUGUUCUGUUGACAGAGAAAUUCAGUUUAAACUUUCUGUGUGUGCCAUAAUGAGGCUUUUCAACAUGUGUUGAGAUUAGAGAUAUUUGAGAUAUGAGAUAUCACAAAGGGUUUAUAGAUUACCAAUGACAAAAGAGAUGUGAGACAGCUUUUAAUCUUUGUGUUCUCGCUAUAGUGCACAUACACGACAAAAAAUGUGAUUCUUGCAUGGAGGAAUAUUUUUUUUUCCUCUGCAAGAUGACUGUUUAUCAUUAAGACACUACCAAAUAAGCUAGGAACUGGUGUUUGAUUACUCCUAACCUUCAAAUAUCCCCGGGCUGUCAUGCCCUCAUAUUUCUCAAGAGUUCAAAGCUAACGCUGACAUGCAUCACAAACAUGCAAACACACAUGAUGACUCUGUUUCAGCUGGCUUUUUGCAGUUUUUGUUGUUGAGCAAGUUAUGAUCAACUAUAUUAUUUUUGAAUGCAUGAUCAUUUACACUGGAGAUGGGAUUUGGUUGUCCACAUCAUAUGUUGUGUUUUUGUAUCAAUGUUUACCAAACUAAGAGAUAAAAUAAAC